AUGAGCGACAAGAACGAGAUAUCAGCAUUAUAUCCACCUCCACCACCUUUUAUCCAGUUUUUCACGGAGGAGAAUGCCGUGCUUCACAGCAAAUGCCAGGCCGAUAAGGCUGUGGCCGAGUCACUUACGGCAAGACAGCUCGAGCAGCUGAAAUACUUUGAGAAACCGGAGCUUCCCAAGGACGGGACGUACCGUGCGUUUGGAAAUGUGUGGCAGAUAAACGACAAGCUUCCUGAGCUCUCGCAAAUGGGCAUUGAGCAGCUCUACAAGAAACACAGUUCAGCUUCUGGCUCAGCUUCUGGCUCUGGCUCAGCUUCAGAGUCCGCCGAUGACAGCCCGCAGAGCGGCGCAAACUACGAGAACAAGAUCCAGGAGCUGAAGAAGCUAUUGAAGUCGCUUCUACUAAAUUUCCUAGAGCUUAUAGGACUACUCGGAGUAGACUCGAGCAUGUAUGACAAGAAAUUGAACGAGAUUCGAGUGAUUGCAAUAAACAUCCACCACUUGCUCAACGAGUACAGGCCGCACCAGAGCCGAGAGUCCUUGAUUAUGCUUCUGGAGGAGCAGCUGGAGCACAAGCGCAGGGAGAUGGAGCAGAUCAACAAGACCUGCGACGAGGUUGAGGCCAAGCUUGCGGAGCUGUAG